CUUUUCCUAUAAAAUAAAGUUCUAGCUGAUCGAACUGCCUUUGUUUGUCAACCUAAUAGAGCCGAAUGAUAAAUUUACGAAUUUCAGUUUCAAAUAUUUCUAUGCUGUAGCCCUGGCCAUCAGUGAUUUAACAUCUGUUAACCGACUGAAUGACCCAGAGGCUUCAACGGAAACAAUUGAAUAAUGUUGCGAUUAUGCCGGCUGGUGUCACGCCCACUAAAGCAAAGCUAUGGCCCGCCCACAGUCCAAUUGGUCACACGGAAAAUGGCACAAACACCAUUUAAGGCAGGUCAGCCAGAUUGGACCACAAGCAUACCCAGACCCAAAGAAAAUGAGAAGAUCACAGCCAUGGGAUGGUUUCUCCUGCUUAUACCAGCCACAACAUUUGGUUUGGGCUGUUGGCAGGUAAAACGCAAAAUAUGGAAAGAGCAACUUAUCAAGGAUCUACAUGAACAAUUGAAUAUGGAGCCAGUGGCAUUGCCUGACAAUCUUAAUGAUGUCAAACAAAUGGAAUACCGUUUAGUUAAGGUGCGCGGACAUUUUCUUCAUGACAAGGAGAUGCGCAUGGGCCCACGAUCACUCAUACGACCUGAUGGCAGUGAAACGCAAGGAGGUCUCAUCUCCAAACGGGAUACCGGCAAUGGUUAUCUGGUGGUAACUCCAUUCCAAUUGUCGGAUAGAGAUGAUAUAAUUCUAAUUAAUCGCGGUUGGGUCUCUCGCAAACAUGCUGAGCCAUCGUCUAGACCCUUGGGUCAAAUCUCUGGCGAAUUAGAGCUAACCGCUGUAGUGCGCAAGGGCGAAUUGCGACCACAAUUUACACCCGAUCACAGCGGCGGUAAGGUCUAUCUAUAUCGUGACCUACAACAGAUGUGUGCCAAAUCAGGCGCCGCUCAUGUCUUUCUCGAUGCUGUCUACGAUGAGAAGGUAUCUACCGAUGCUCCAGUUGGUGGCCAGACGCGUGUUACCUUGCGCAAUGAUCAUCUAUCGUAUUUGGUUACCUGGUUUAGUUUAUCGGCCGCCACAUCCUAUCUCUGGUAUCGCCAGAUUAUCAAGAGAAUACCAUUUUAAGUGAUUUAUAAAAUGUACAUUUUAUUUAUUUA